CCUUCUCUUACAAAACUAAGGUAAAUUAGAAGAAGCUUCUGCUAUAGUAACACAGGAUAGUACUGAGCAUCGAUUACUUUGUGGCACAAGCUGAGAGAAACUCGCCGUACUCCUUACACUUUAUUAUAUUAAUUUUGUAAAAUGAAAAUGGAAUCUCAAGAUCGCGAACAGCCAGGUUCUAGUCCAGCACCAACUGAGGGUGGCGGAUUAAAGAGAAAAUCGACCGACGAGGCUGAUCAGCGACCGUUGAAAAAAAUACCGAAAACUGAGGAUUCAUUAGAAUGUCCCGAUCACGGCUCGAGUACAACCUUGGUAGUAAAUUUGAGUGAAAAAUACAAAUUCGAACGCAUGGCUAAACGUUGUACUCAUUGUCAAGAGUUUCUCUCCUACAGCGACGAACAUCAUCCGAUAGUACUGAAAAUCGUGGUGAAUAAAUUUAUCCCGAAGUAUCAUUGUGAAUGUGGACAAAUAUUUCAAGACAAGGUGAUUUUAAAAAUGCACAUCGAUGAUCGGCACGGCGGUGUCUUUAAUUUUUUGUUGGUAGUAAACUGUGACGCUAAAACUAAACGAUCAUUAGAGAGCAUCCUAGUGCUGCGUGAACUAUAAGCCUCUCUAGAGCGUCUCAACGAGCAGAAUCGUGCGAAAAAAAUGUAUUUAUAUACCUGUAUAGCUCCGACGUGUAACUAAUUAUUGUUGAUAAAAAUAAGAAUCGAUUUUUUUCUUAUCAUUUUAUUACUGUUUAGUUAAGUAUAUAUGUUAAAUUUAAAAAGCUUUAUCGAAACCGAAAUGCGACUAAAAUGUACAGGAAAUGUAAUUUUUUAUGAUAAGUUUGCUGUUAGCGUAUCGUUGUAAAAAAUAACGUUUAGAUUAAGAUACAAUUCUCAUAUGGCGAUAUUCAACUGAUAAUUAUAGUAAAUUAUAGUAAAUAAUUUCAAUUUAUUACUACAAUCGUUACUAUAAUGCAGGGAACAUUUUUAGGAUCUUAACUCACGUGGCUUUACGUUCCUCUGUCCGGAUGGACGUUUCGCGAGUUUGAACAGUUCAGUCGCCAAUACGACUUGCUCGUGGAUAGAAGAUCUCAGACCGGUGAUAAUCGCACGAAGGUAGACCGUUUUUAUUUUUUACUUAAGAAUAUAAAAAUUAAGUACGAAUAAAACUACGCAACGCUUUGCAACGAUAAACUGUUUCUAUCGACGGACGAUUAAAUUAAACAAAAAAAAAAUGUUUUUCGUGUCUCAUUUGCAGCAAUGUCGCAAACGAUGUUUCAAUAAAGUUGAAAAAUCCAAAGAUA